CGCCUUUUCAUGAAUGACAAUUGACGUAUUUGACAGAUACUCAAAAAUCUAUUUUUUUAGGUUAUAAUUAUUAAAAAUCAAAUAAUUAAUUAAUAGCGUAUAUUUAUAAAAACAAGACUAAAUACAGGAUCCUAUAGGAUCUAGUCUAAAAAAAGAAUGCGUUCGUUUAGUAAGGCUGGUCUACCUUUCCCACCACCUUCAAAAGUUAUCAGAUUCGUAAGGGAAGGUUGUACGAAUAGGCCUUUUUAUCACAUUGUUGUUGCCGAGGCAAGAAGCGAUCAACAUGAUCCAGCUAUAGAACAACUUGGAACGCACGAUCCUAUUCCAAAUGAAUACAAUGAAAAACUGACCUCGUUAAAUUUCGAAAGAAUUAGGUAUUGGUUAACGCAAGGAGCUAGUGCAUCUAGGCCAGUACAAGAAUUAUUAGGACUUGCUGGUUUUUUUCCAAUCCACCCUAGAAGUUAUAUGACUGCAUGGAGAAAUAGACAAAAAGCAACAGAAGCUGCUGCUGAAUCUGCAGCCAAUGUUGCUAAAGAUGCUAAUGUAAAAAGUUGAAUGAAGUAAU